UUUUGUGUGCUGCCCACUGGUUACGGCAAGUCCCUGAUAUUCAGCCUGACUCCACUUGUUCUUAGGUACAUGGGAGUUGGGUUUGAUUGUUGCUCAAGUUUCUAUGAAGAUCACCCAAUCGUGAUAGUUGUUUCACCACUGGUCCAACUGAUGAGUUCCCAAGUAGCAGAUCUUAGGAAAAUGGGGUUGAGUGCUGCUGUUCUCACUAAUAUGGAGGAUGAGGAGCAACUGAAGUGUGGCAGUUUUGAUAUUGUGAUAGGCAGUCCAGAGGCAUGGCUUGGGGAGAAGGGUAGACAGUUACUCCUGUCUGAAGUGUAUCAGAAGAAUGUGUGCUUAGUUGCUACUGAUGAAGUACAUGUUAUACCCAGAUGGGGUUUUGAAUCUGAGAAAAAAAAAGCUUUCCGGCUAGCAUUUGGACAACUUGGUGCCUUGAGGUCUUUGGUGAGGCAAGGUGUACCAUUUAUGGCAUUAACAGCCACUGCUUCAAGGAGGACACAGCAGAAAGUAAUGAAGACCCUCAAUAUGAAGAAGCCACACAAAAUUGUCAGAUCACCUUGUAGGGCUAACAUUAAGCUUGUUGUGCACAAAGUGGACAAAAGUCUGGAAACAACUUUUGCCUGGCUUGUAAUGGAGCUGAGGACAUAUAAACAGACCAUGCCAAAGGUUUUGAUCUACUGCAAAUCUGUGAAGGAAUGCGCAGACAUUUAUGCCAUGCUUCUGGCUGAGCUGGGACAAGAUGGUCGUGUAGAUAGCAGUAAACCACCGUCAUCCCAUAAUCGUUUAUUUGCAAUGUUUUUUCAUAGCACUCCCGAUGACAAAAAACAGCUAAUUGCUAAUGACUUGCAGAAAGUUGAUGGAAAUUAUCGUGUAGUUGUGUGCACCAAUGCACUAGGCAUGGGGAUUGAUCUAAAAGACAUUAAUCUGGUUAUUAAUUAUGGCUGCCCUAGGGAUAUAGAGUCAUAUAUACAGGAAAGUGGACGUGCUGGACGUUCUGGACAGUCAUCCAUGGCCAUCUUAUAUUACUCUUCAAUGCAUUUACUUGGAACUGAUGCAGAGGUUAAACUGUAUGCCAGAAACAGUUCUGAAUGUAGAAGGAAGUUACUUUACAGAGAUUUUGGUGGGAAUUUCGAAGACAGUGGUCAUCACAGUUGUUGUGAUAUAUGUGCUAGAAGUUGUGUAUGUGAUGGGGAUUCGUGUUCAUAUGUACCGCAGACUUGUGAGGCCCCACCACCAAAGAUGGUCGAGCCAGAUGCAGCUGUGAGAGAAGUGUCCGAUGGAGAGAGACAUGUUUUAAAGAACUGCCUUCUUGAGUUUCAGUCCAACUUGGGCAAAGACAGUGAAUACCUGGAUUUGUUUAAUAUUAAUGUUAUAAAUGACAUUGUAGAUAAGGCUGCAUUUGUUGACAGUUAUGACUUUGUAAUGAAUAAAACUUCAAUUGUCCACCCCAGUCAUGCAUUGGAGAUUUUAAAAAUAUUUGAAGAGGUUUUUGAUGAGAAAUUUGAAAUUACAGAUGAAAUACAGGCAGAUUGUAAAGAAGCUGAAGUAUAUCCAGAAUGGGAAGAUAGGGCUGUUACUCUGUCAGAUAGUGAUUCGUCUGUUGACAGUGAUAUAGAUAUUUUGGAAGAAUGCAGUACAGAGGAACUGUAGUAUUAGUGACUGCUACUUCUGUUAAUGUAUAAAUAUUAUUUUUGCAUAACAGAAUAGUCAACAUGUCUUGUUAUUUCCAAGAUUAGAAGCACUUUCUUCUCUUUAACAUUGCUACAGUGCUUUACAGGGCAAGAUAGCAGAACAAGCUUAUUUUUUUCUUUUUAUAAAAUUUUAAAUCUAAUUUGGUAUUAUGAAAUGGCCUAUAGUCAAUUCUAUUUAGCUUUAAGUUAAUUCCAACUGGCCAGAGGAGUACCAUGAUACGAUUUAGCAUGCAUAUUGUUGCGUUCAAAUGUAUGGAAACAAAUUAUUUAUUUUUUUCAUUAUGAACAAAUCCCUUGUAACUAUGCGACAUGUCUUUUAUAUAUGACUGUAUUUAUGAAGUUUGUAAGUAGAUCCUUACAGUUGUACUAUUACCAGUACUUCAAUGUUGUGAACAUUGCUAGUUGUUUAAGGUGAAAAUCAUUUCAAUAAAUGCAGGUAAUGAAAAAUCCAUUAAAGAAAGGUGUUUCAA